CAAAUUUUUAGAUAUCAUAUAGUCAUGGAACCACAAGCUCCUAAUACCUAUCAGUAUCCAACGACUUCUCAUUUUGAAGCUCCUCCCGCUUAUUCUGAUUCAACAAAUAACGUCUAUCCGCCAACUCAAGUAGCCGGGGAACCUGCCGUUAUUGUAGUUGUACCUCAAAAUCAAUUUCCACAACCAAGGGUGCACUGCUUCCAAAGAUGUAUUGUUCUUACAGUUAUCAUGAUUAUCAUACUCGGAUCUGUUGGGACGACAUUGUACUUGCUGCUUCAAAUCUGAUAUUGGCAUAUUUGUUCACAUUUCAUGUCAUCUAGCCUUCAUUCAAAAAAUGCGUUGUAAAUCGAAUUCGCAAUAAAAUCAAGCUACACAAUCGUAAUUUGAAAAUUCAUGCUUAUUGCGCUUCCAUUAAAGAAAAUUGUUUUAAAACGUUUGCUUCCUUUAAAUUUUUUUUUGACUAAACGCCCAAGAAAAACAAUACUUUUUUUACCACACCUAAGCCUGAAACUUUUUGAAAUUGAUUAAAAUAUGUGUAGUUUCAUGAUUCUGGAAAAUUCUAUUUAACGACAUUUUUCGAAACGUUUUUUAAAUCAUAUCUUAUUUACACAAGACGUCAUGCUGAACUGUGAGGGUAUUAAAACACAUCUCAUCGAAAAUUAUAAUGCUUUUACAACUUAUUCUAAAAUUGUUUCAUUCUCUUAUGUUGAAACUAACUUUCAUAGUUAUUUUGAUUGAUUUUUUUUCAAUAAAUGUUAAAACCAGUUUGUUCUAAUUUAUUGUUUGAUAAUGCCAAUGUAAAUUAAGAGAAAGAAUUCGUUGAAAACUUCAUUACAAAAUUCCGCCUAUUUCAGCAAUGGAACCACAGGCUCCUAAUACCCACCAAUAUCCAACGACAACUCAUUUCGAAGCUCCUCCCGCAUAUUCUAAUCCAUCAAAUAACGUUUCUCCGCCAACUUAAGUCACCGGGGAACCUGAUGUUAUUUUAAUUGUUCCUCUAAGCCGAUUUCCUUGACAAAGGAUGCGGCCUUACCAAAGAAAUAUUGUUCUCAUAAUUUUUUUGGUCAUCAUUCUCGGAUCUGUUGGAUUGACAUUGUACUUUUUGCUUCAAGCUUGAUGUGAUUUUUUGUUGUAUUUUUAAACAAAGUCGUUUUUAUGUUUUCAUGUUACUUUUUUAUUUAAUUUGCGUUUUAAUAAAAAAAUAAAAA